AUGGAGCAUGGAGCGACGUUGACAGACAUUGACGCGGAAGUUGGGAACAAGGGGGUUCAGGGAUCUGAAUGCUGGACCAGGGGUUGGGUAGGUAGGUUGGCCAUAGGCCGAAAAAAAGAUUUUUGGAACCCUCUACAAGAUAGUCCUAAAUUGGUUUUCCAAGGUGAUUUACAGUAUUCCUGCAUCUAG